AUGGCGCGGCCGGCCAGAGCUGCCUCAGGGCCUGCUGCAGGGUCUCAGAGUGCUACAGCUCCAGCGACAGGGCGACGAUCGAACGGCCGCAACGCCCUCGCCUUCGCCACCUCCCGUCCAGCGUCGUCCAUCGCAAAUUCCCCCGACAUAGAUUCCGACGACGACAGCACCGUCGCAGCGGCAACAUCAAAAAGCACCAGAAUUGUACAGGGCGUUGCCUUGCCACGUCUUUCCGUCAUGGCGCGUGCCGAGUUCAAGAAACCGCUACCGAAGAGCAACAAGAGUCCAACGGAUUCCUCCCUCUCUGCCAUCGACGCCGAUACUUCGCGAGACUCAUCUAUAGACUACGAGACACCAGGAACCACACCAGCCACAUCUGUCCUCGCUGGACCCUCUACAUCGAAGCGCAAGCGAUCUACGCUUGGAAAGGUGGUCAAGAUUGAAGACUCGGAGGAAGACGAAGAUGACGACUUUCUCCUGGCAACUAGGCUGCAAGAAGAGGAGUACGCGAAGGAAGGUGCACAGCAGCCAGCCAAGAAGCGCACGAAGCUCUCCAUCGAUGAUUCAGAGGACGAUCUGAGUAUGUUUAGUGAUGCUGAAUCUCUCUCCUCUAUCGACUCGAUGCCGCUGGUCGCCAAGUCAAAAUUGGUCGCGAAGAAGACGACUCCAGCCAAGGCAGAGGCGUCUCGGAGUAAUAAGAAGACUCCGACUCGCACAGCGAGUUCCACUGGUCGCAACUCUAUUGGCAAGAGCUUGAAGAAGCCAAUCUUGGAUGACAGCGACGAGUCUGAUCUGGAGAAAGCUAGCAUCGCCGAAACUGAGGACUCGUUUGUGGUUAGUGACUCCGAGGAGGCGGUUUCGACCAUCGACGGUGUUAGUGAUACCGAAUCUGACGUACCGCUUGCCAUCACUACUCGACCUCAGACCGUAGCUGCACCCAGCCGGUUCGCGGGUUGGACUCGCGGCCGCGGCAGUGCCGCUCGUGGCCGGCGACAUGGUCGG